GGUGCAGAUCAGCUGGGCAGACGGAGAUUUCCAUCUACACAACCUUUUGCCGAUCAGCUGUCAGUCAAGUUCAAUCUUAUCAGUGCAAGUGAUGAGCUCCCCGAAGACGCCAGGUGCUAUGGAGUCCGAUCCAGAACGAACGCCGCUGCUGAAGCCGGAUAGCUUGCGGCAGAAACGACAGCUUUCCGGAGUUUCCGUUGAACCCGUUGCACUGUUACACAGUUUCGGAUGGAGUUUAUCUGGCGUCAUGCUGACCGAUCAGAUUAUGUAUCAAUCGUGCGAGGUGAGUAUGAGCUUGGGAGCGGAAGUGUGCUCUAAACUUCGAAACGACAGUGAUGCCAUCAAUAGUUCAAACCUGGAGCAGCUUGUACAGCCUUACGCAGCCACCGUUUCGAUGUCUAUCGUACUGUUAACAUCGGUGAUUCCAGCCCUCAUGGCACUGGGAUUCGGUCCUUGGUCUGAUAGAUACGGUCGAAAACCUAUUAUCGCUUUCAGCUUAGUCGGAUUCUUGAUCACGGACUCACUGAUAGCCUGUUUGAGUUACCUGUCUACGUUUUAUUCCAUUUCUCCGUGGUGUUACGUGCUUGCCAACAUUCCGGUUUCCGUCUUGGGAGGAUACGCAGUUCUCAACCUCGGCAUUUUUAGUGUCAUGAAUGACAUAACGAAUGAAGCGAAUCGCACCGUUCGGAUGGGAAUUUUACAAGGAUUCAUCAUGUGUGGCGUUGUCGGAGGAUUACUCGUGAGCAGUUUCUUAGGCAACUUUCUCUCGGUAUCAACAAUGUUCUGUAUCUCUGCGUUGGCCACAAUUGUAAGUUUGAUCUACCUUUACCUAGGAACGGAGGAAAGUGUCAAUUGGAAAACAGAUUCUCUGGAGGGAGUCCAGUGUAAUGAUUUCUUCAAUUUGGAUUUACUACGGCAAAUGUUGACUACAUUAACUCAAAGAAGACCCAAUCGUGAGCGACCUAUUAUGUGGCUUCUGAUGGCGAUUGGAGCCCUCAUUGAAUUUGCAUCUUCCGGACGAGUUCUAUUCUUCCUGUACACGAGACAAGAGUUCAAUUUAGAUGCGCAAUCGUACAGUCUCUGGCUAUCAGCUGAGCUUAGCUUCAUUAUGCUUGGUAAUAUGUUUGGGAUAAGUUUUCUGAAAAAAAUAUUCAAAUGCAGUGACAUCGGACUGAUGGCUAUUUCGACGGUAAAUCACAUUGGAGAUUUUGUGAUAAAAGGAAUGUCCACUGCUGGCUGGCAGUUGUAUCUUGCUUCUGCACUGACUCCGUUCAAAGGAAUCGAAACAGCAACUAUUAGAUCGAUUAUAUCGAACAUUCUGCCUUCGGAGGAAACCGCCAAAAUGUAUGCAUUGGACGUUUCCAUCCAAGCCGUUACACCCAUAGGUGCCGUUUUCUUUUUCACUUUUUUGUACCAGAAGACGCUUAAGUAUGCCCCGGCAACUUAUUUGUACGCGACAGCGGGAGUAUUUGGUAUUAAUCUAGUAUUAGUAGGAUUUACUCAUGCACUGUUGAAGACUCGAGAACAGAAAAUGGAGACGACAGUGUGUAGCUGAUAUCGGCCCAGCUUCGAGGUAUAUUUCACGUCAUCCUCCAGAUAUCCUUCCGGAAAAGCCGGAUCUGACUGGAUUAGUCACCAUUAUGGCGCGGAAGAACGUGAAGCUGAAUUGCCACAAGCCUGGCGAAAAAGGAUUUACUUCAAUAAUUUUUUUAAACACGGUGAUACAUUUAAAAAAUAAAUAUAAUGAAUAGUCCCUAUUUAUUUCAAAUAAAUAUAAAUAUUUGAAUGAU